AUGGGGAGGAAGAAGCGAAAAAUAAACAUCGAACUGAAGCCCUUUUGCUACUACUGUGACAGAGAAUUCGAUGAUGAGAAGGUCCUCAUCCAGCAUCAGAAGGCGAAACAUUUUAAAUGUUUACAGUGCAAUAGGAAACUAGACGUAGCUAGCGGGUUAGUGAUCCACAUGAUGCAGGUACAUAAAACCAAUUUAAAAACGGUACCCAAUGCUUUGCCUAAAAGAAACGAUCCAGAAAUUAUCAUAAGAGGAAUGGAAGGAGUUCCACCUGAAAUAAUUGAAGAAAAUUUAAGCAAAUUAAAACAGAAAAUAGGAGAUAAAAGUAUUAAAAGACAACAGAGAGUAAACUGGGCACAAGUCGCCAUGGCACCUACAAUGGAACAAUUUCUACAGCAAGCUCAGAUGGGAAAUUUCUCCUUCCCAGGAUUUAAUUCCCCAUUAUUACCAACAAGGAUGGCCCCGAACCAACCCGUAAACCCAAAUGAUGAAGACGCAAAAUUAGAGGCAGGUGCACCACUUGGGGAAAAUUCAGACCCAACAAAAUCGGACACGAAAAACCAAAACGAUGAUGUUAAUAAUAAACAUGGAGAAAUAACUAACCAGGAGAAAUCGAAUAGUGCAGACGCGAAUGAAAAUCCGAGUGGAAGCGACUCCUAA